CAAAAUGUUCAGUGCUAAAGUUGUUAUCUUUCUCGCUGCUGUAGCACUGUGCUAUGGAGCACCAAAUGCCAAAUUUUUCAACAAGCGCCUGAAUAUUGAAGGUGGCACUAAAACCACAAUAGAGGAAUAUCCAUUCGUAGCUUCCGUUCAAUGGUGUGAUUCAGGCUUUUGCCAACACAUUGGCGGUGGUGUAAUCGUAAACGAAAACUGGGUAUUGACCAGUGGUGCUUUUCUAAAUUACGCUCAACAGGUUGUUGUUGGAGUUUCUAACUUACAGGGAGAAGACAAAGUUGCCGUUAAAGUUGCAGCUACAUAUGUUCAUCCUAACUACACCAAUUCAGUCGGUCCAAAUGAUAUUGCUCUACUUCAGUUAGCUGAAGCACUGACCUUUAACGACAAAGUACAACCAGCAAAAUUACCAACGAAAGGCCAAGAAUUCGACGGUACAGCCGUUGUAGUUGGUUACGGUAGCUCCGAAAAACUUAAUGUUUCUCCUAAUGUAACGCUUGUUUCUACCGAUGAAUGUAACACAGCCAUCGAAAAACUCAUCCCAGGAAAUAGGCCUGUAGAUAACGAUAGCAACGUAUGUACCUUAAACGAACAAUCAAACAAUUGCGAUGGUGACGUCGGUGGUCCUCUGUCUCAAGACGGAACCGUAAUCGGUACCAUCACAUAUUACAUUAACCCAUGCGGUUCUAUAGGAGCUCCAAAUAUAUUCACCAAGGUUUCUAAUUUUGCCAACUGGAUCAACCAAACCAUUACCGAAAAUAGUCAAAUUUUAUAAUUUUUUAAAACAAUAAUAUAUUUUAUUGCCUAAUUUUUUAAAAUAGAUAUUUUGUUAAUUAUUUUUUUAAAUAGUGUUGCUUUGGUAAAAAUUGUAAUGGGAAAUUUGUAUCUGUGA